UCGUAGAAAUUUGAAAAUCGAAGCAAAAAACGAAAAAAAAUAAUUGGUUGCAAAAAGAAACAAGAAAUGCCAAUAAUUUCAAAAUUUAACUACAAAUUCGAAAUCAGUUGCCUGAAAAAGAAGUGUAAUUCAAUUAAAUCACGACAAGAAAUAUUCAAACGAUCUUGUGAAUAGAACAAACAAAAGUUUUAAAUUUACAAAAGAAAAUGUACCUAUUCUCUUUUUCUCUUCAAGGUUAACAAAAAACAACAGCAACAACAAGAUAUCACAGAAAUUACAACAAUACCAAGCCAAAAAAAUGAAGAAAUACAAAUUGAUUUGUUAAUAAAACUAAACGUAUAACAAAAAAUAUUAGCGAAUAACAAUAAAAGUUUUGAAACAAGUUAUGGUCAAAAGCCCAAAUCGAAAUCGGAAAACCAACCACCUAUAAAUACAUUAAAAUAAAAAAUAUAUAUUAUACAUAUGUAUGGAAUCUAGCGCCUUUGAGUUAAAUAAUGUUAUGGUUUUACCCAGUUCGUUAUCGUUAAACAUUUUCGUAAUUGUCGGGUUCGUUGUCAAACGUUGUCGUGUUCGAAGAAAGUAAAACAACCAGCGAAAAACGUAUUCAAAUUUUGGCCUGAUUUGUGUCUAUUCGGUCCAAAAUUCCUUGGUGUCUAUGUUCAACAUUUGUUUUUUUGUUCUUUCGGUUUUAGAAACACCAACCUGCCACCGCAGCAGCCACGACCUCAACUGCACCAGUGUCUAUCCCGCCAUCCAUCAUUAUCAUUAAUUUGGAAUUUUAACACUGUGUUUUUGCUUUUGCCAUAAAAAAAAAAAAAAACAAAACAAAAAAUAAUUCAAAUAUAUUACAAAAAAUUUCUAUUUGGCAUUUAAAAAAUUUCUGCAAUUUUGUUCGAAAUUUGGUUACGCAAAAGAUUCUUUUGAAACAAUAAUGUUAUAAAACUAAACCUACAACUAAAUCAUUGGAUUAUCACAAGCCUUUGGAUUAUAAAUGGAUUACAAACGAUAAUAUAGAAUUAUACGGACGCUACAACACUAUCGUAGAAAAAAUGCGCUUUCAUCCUACGAACAAACGGUAAUAAAGUAAAUUUGAACGAUAAAAUCGUAAAUCGUUAACGAUAUUUAUGUUACAAUAUCAUAACAACGUUGUUCUAGCUAAAAUCAACUCAAAGACUUGUCCGAAAAUUUCGGAGAGCCGAAUUCGUUGUGGGCGUUACAAAGUGCUGCAUCGUAGAACCUUUACAACCAAACAAAAUGAUGAUGGGGCCAUGAGCCCAUCAUUACCGACAUUGAGUUGGAGUCGCAAGCGCGUCUCAAGCGGGCCUGCACCAUGCUAGCACCGCCGAACCCGAGGUCAAUAUGCGGCCAGGACCCGGGCUGGUCGUGAUGGCGCUUGCGUUUAUUUCGGGGGCUCGGCGUGGCAGCACCAGCAGCAUCAGUUCAAAGACUACUCUAACAACGUCGUCACUACCACCAACACUACCACUACCAAGGUCAAGAACAACAGACACAACACCUCCACCACAACCACUACCAGCAACACUUCCACCGGCUACACAUCUACCACCAACAUCAGCGGCAGCGUCGUCGUCCUCAUUCAUUAUCGCAGCAGCAACACCACCACCACCGCCAACAACAACUACAUCCAACACCAUCUCUCCAACAUCAGCGUCAUUCAGCAUUUAUGAGCACAACGGAUUUCUACACUCUCCAUCACCAGAGGAAGAGGCCAUAGGGCAGGAUCACAACCACCCCGACCACCAUCAUUACAAGGAUUUAGGGCCACUCAACUUUUUUAGUGCAUUUUAUAGCAACGAUUUUCUACAGCGACCAGCAUCCCAUUUCUACUCUCCUAACUCCGCCUACAAUCCUGCAAACACAUUUGCCUAUACGUUCCCGCUGCCCUCGCACUUGUCGCACCAUUACGACGAUCCGCUACAACGUUCGUCCGUUCGUUCGUCUAAAGUUCUGCCAACGGUAAGGCAGUCGCGUUCGCGUGUGAUAUCGUCGAAAUUCAGACGGAGAAGAAAGAGAAGGGCCCGCAGUGCAAACGUUGACUAUAAGGGCAGUAGGUCGGCGUCGUCGGCGGCGACAACAGGGGACAUCGUAAACGAAUCAUCAUCCGACGACAACACCUCGCAAUCGAUAGCAGUGGAGAGCAGCAAGGGACGUAGUCGCAGUCACGGCCGAGACAGUGUUGUUGUACCAAGCGACCAAGCCACAGUUCGUGGUCUACCCGUACACUUUCCCUCACUCAGCGCCGAUUCAUCAAGGUCGUUUGACGAAGACGAUAUAUAUGCCUUAGUAGCCGAGGACGAUCUUCUGUCGGAAGAGUCCUUCGAUCGUUUGAUAAAACUCACGGACGACAAAAUUGGUGAUACUAACGAAGAAGAUUACAGCAGUGGUACGGAGACUGUAGUGUCAUCGUCGUCUUCCUCCUCCUCUUCGUCGUCAUCAUCAUCAUCCUCCUCAUCUUAUUCACCAUCUGCAUCCGUGUCAGUAUCUUCCUCUUCUUCCGCGUCAUCAUCAGCCGCAGCAGCAUCACCAUCAUCAUCAUCGACAAGUGGUAGUGGAAGUGGCGCCUCAGAAUUACAGGACACCAAUCAGCAAAAUGCCCUUGAGGAUUUUGAACGAUUGCAGCAAAAUGAAGUUCCCAUUUCACAAAAAUCCGAAAACGAUCCCAAUGCCCAAGGAUCGUCGAAAUCUAUCAACACAGAUCAGCGGCCAGAGCAAGAGCCAGAUUCAAUAUCAGAAGCAUCAGAGCAGGAACCUGAUAGCGAACUCCAGCAGCAAGAAAAUCAUGCUCGUGAAUCGAACGAACCAAAUGAUGAUCAAAUCGAAACGCUGUACAAUGCUCACUUAGUGGGUAACAACAACGAUAAAAUUGUAGCUGUCACCGAAGACGACGACGAAGACGGCGAGAGCGUCGCCGACGACGACAACAACGGCGUCCAACAUUUAACACCUGCCCAGCAGGAAACCAAAGCGACGACAGAUUUAGAAGACGACACCGAGGAACAUCGAUCGAUAUUGGAAAGUGAUUUUCCGUUAACACGCCUUAAUCCCUGGAUAUCAGCUUGUGAUCUGGCACAACCUGGCCCAUUAGCGGCACCAGACUUACAGGGUGAAUGCUCAGCUGGUACACUGCCUGUUGCAUGGGUCGAUGAAGGUCCCGGUCCGCCAAAGUGUCACAAAUCAUGUAAAAGUGAUAACGACAAAAAAGACGACGACGACGACGACGACGACGAAAGAGAAGAAGAAACGCCAUUAACAAAUAAGUUAAAUAAGAAUAAAAUGAGUAAUACAAAUAACACUAGUAAUAACAGCAGCAACAACAAACAUAAAAACAAAAAGGAUAAUAAAAUAAAUAUAAAACUAGUAGGCUAUACAUCAACAACAAACACCUUUAACAUUAAGCUAAGAAAUAGUCAGCCAACUAUUAGUCAUAGUUCCAAUAACGGAGACACAGACGGAGACGGCUAUAUUGGCGUAGGAGGUGACGUCAUCAGAGAUAGAGCCACAAAGGAUUCCAGUAAGCAGGGCAACAGAAAAUCCAAACAACAACAGCAACACAGUCAGAAGCUGUUUAAUCCUUUUAAUUAUUAUCAAAUUCACAAGAACUACAACAACAACUAUAGCAAAAUGACUAAAACGAGACGCAAUUCAAAUGAAAACCGGCCACAAAUAGCCAGGACGACGACAACAACAACAUCGAUGGCAGACAAGGCCAUAGCCGGAGCGGCAACAUUCGAUGCGGCAGCAGCAUCAGCAGCACUAGUAUCAAAAACAACAUCCGCCUCCUCUUCCUCUUUAGCCUCUUUGCCAGCAGCAGCAGCAGAAAGUUCAACGACUGUGGAGUUGGCCACAGGAAAAACAAAAGCACAAACAAGUGCAAAUAUGACAAAUGCCAAUGAAAAUACCACCAAUAUUUUAGAUGCAACAAUUACCCACACAGACACACACCAAUACAGCGAUGACAUCUAUGAGUUUAUGCAUAAAAUGCAACAAGAUGCUGCCGCACACAGUGACACCGAUGGUGUCGAGGAUAUUGUCGCCGAUGAUGAUGAUGAUGGCGAUGGCGAAGAUGACGAGGAGGAUACAGAUGAUGACAUCGACCAUAAUGUCCAUAAUGAUGCUGCCGUGGCCGAUAAUGCUGCCUUUGCAAUGCAGCUGCAGCAAUUCCAGCAGCAGCAACAGCAACACCACCACAACAAUCAACCAACCCCACAGAAUCAGGCCAACAAUAAUAUUGUCAAAAUGAAACUGACGGCGACGACAGCUGGCGCCAGCAGCCGUAGUGCCAGUCAACAAUUCCAAUUGAAAUAUAAUCGCCUGCAAUCGGAUCUUAAUGAAAACAAUAACAACAACAACAAUAAUAAUAAUGGCGGCAAUGGUGGUGUUGGUGGUGGCAACGCCAAUAACAAUAACAAAAGACAUCAUCACUCCUAUCAAUUGCAAAUACAGGACGUGCCAGAUUUCAGCAACAAAAACAACAACAACAACAAUCAUGACAGCAACAACAACAAUUAUGGUGCUGGCCAACAACAGCGUCUGGCAUAUGUCAACAGCAAUAGCUACGUCAGCAGCAGCAGUAGCAACAGCAUCAGUGAUGUGUUCCCAGCCACGGAACAAAAACAUCAACGACAACAACAACAACAGCCACAACAACAGUGCCUUGAUUAUUUGGGCGACAGUGCCGAAACAACGCCCACGCACUUAUGUACUCAUCUCACCUCACCCAGCCAAUUGUUGGCCCAGCUACGCCAUUUGCGUCUGCGAAACUGUUGCGAACGCAAUGUCUACAGUGCCCUGCACACCCUGGCGCUGAAUGUCACGCUCAGCGGCGGGGAAUCGUGCAUACACAUCCUGGAGGAUUUAAUCGAACUGGAUGCAUUGGCAUCGCGCAUCACAUGCGGCCUUUCCGAGAUACUUUUUCGCUUCGAUUGCCGUCAAGUCUAUUCGAUAAUACAUCAGUGUGAGGAUUGUAAGGAAGCCUAUCGUCGCUGGGUGUGCAGUACGUUGGUGCCAUAUUUUGCCGAACCCAACGAUGUUAUAAAACCACCAGAAAUCUAUGAAACCACAACGGACAGUGGUCAGUAUCCCCAUAAGCUGCAUCAACACGGACAACAAGCGGCUCAACAAAAUACGUAUCAAACGGCCGUUGAGAGCGAUGGAAGCAAUCAACGGGCAACGAUUGCAUUGAAUACUAAAAGUAGUGAUAAUAACAACAACGGCAACAACAAAUCACCCACCUCAUAUACCACCAGCAGUAGUAGCGGCAGCAGCAGUAACAGCAACAACAACCACAGCAACAAUACCAACAUGGCCUCAAACAUGACUACCUCUCAUUUAACGAUAACGACAGCGACAACAAAUACUACUACGACACACGCCAACAACAGCAAUAAUGGCAACAAUAAUACAAGAAUGUCCUCAACAAAGCUAACAAAAAGAGCAGCAACAACAUCGAAUUAUAUUACAGCAGCAACAACCACAACGGUAAAUAGCAAUAUUAACAAUUAUGAUGACAUUCAGGCCUAUUUGCAUUGGCAACAUAAAGAAAGAGAGCCAAUGCAACAUACAGCCAACAGCAACAACAACAAUAGGCAUCAUCAUGUUAAGCGAAGAAGCUCACAACAAGAGCCACAGCAACAGCAACACAUCAAUACCAAACAAUUUAAUGAUAAAUUGAACAGUAAUUACAUUCCGAACGAUAAUGCAUUACAUAAAAGACCAUCACCGCAAACAAUGGCAUCAGCAUCAGCAUCAACCAACAACAUCCCAAGGCCACCACCACUACCACCUCCAGCAUCUUCAUCAGAUUCUGAUUCUGAAUCCACAACUGUAUCAUCAGCAGCAAUGUCGAAUGCAUCUGCAGCGGUAGCGGCGAUAACAACAACGCCACCACCAGCAUUAACCAGAAAAACACAAGCAUUAACAUUUAACGAUGUCAUCUUCGUCAAUAAAACGACGACGACGACGACGACAUCAAUGAGGACGACCACAACAACUGGCCACUCCUUCGCGGCCAGAAGACGUAGUCCAAGUGAUGGUGACAGUUCGGGUGAUGGUGAUAAUACUGCCAGUGGCUUAAAUAGUUCGGUACAACAUUACAACAAUAAAUCAACGAAUAAAAGACGAAAACGUAAUGACGAUACAACAACAUCCGUUUAUAUUGGUGACAAUAAACCCAAUUUAGCGGAACACGCUAGAAAUGGCAAGGAAGAGCUGCAGGUUGAUGAUGAACAACAAAUGCUGAAGCAUCAUCAUCGACAAAAUCAGCAAACGAAUAAUAGUAAAAUAGUUGCCAAACAACCGCAAUUGCAACCCAAAAGGCAACCGCAGCAGCAGCAACAAAAACAAAAACAACAAUCCAUUAAUUUCAUAACGACUGCCAAUAGUGAGGAUUCUUUGUUUGAUAAGGAUCCGGUGAUAUCGAAAUUAUUGAAAAGAUCAAAACGUAAAGUGGAAUUCCGCAAAAGGCGAAGAAUACGACCCUGCCUUAGUGUUUGUCAGACGGUUGAACAAAAAUGUCCAUAUCUGUUGCCAGCAGAUCGGGCGCCAGCAAUGCAAACACAAUACGCCGGCGAACCAACAUUUUUAUGUCUAGAUUAUAAUAUUGCAGAAACGGAAGAACAAUUACGCAAGGCCAGUCAUGGGCCAAACGAAUGCUGUUACACCUACUGUCAGACGGCAGCCGAUGGCAUCUGUACCUAUUGCAAUGAGUUUCUGGAUGCAAAGGAUAUUGAAAUGGAAGCCGAAAGGAUUACCAAGGAGAAAGGGAAACGUCUCUACAAUAUAACGCUUAAGGCGAGAGAGGAAAAGGCACUGCGAGUGGAGGCCAAAAUACAACAGCAGUUGGCACCCGUGGCAACUGAGGAUGUUGCUGCCGGUGGUCACUUGAAAAUGUCCACGGUGGCCAUAGUGGUGCGUAACGACACCUUGGCCAUGAACGUUACCCGUCUGGCUGAACGUUUGCCUUACUACGCCUUUUGCGAUGGCGUCUAUUACUAUGAUGAGGAUGUGGAUGAUAUGCCGACAAUGGCCUAUUCCGAUAAUUGUCCGGCCCUGCCAACGGUACAAAGUCGCUGUCGCAUACCGUACUGGGCCACUAACUAUGAGACAUCCGGCGAAGACUGGGGUUCGUAUCGUAAACAUGGCGAAGCCCAAAAAUUAAUGGUGUGGUUGAGUUCGUUGCUAUGUCUGUGGUCCUGCUAUACGGCGCGGGCCUUGAGGCUGCAUCGAAAACAGGAGAAAAGACCAAAGCAAAAUCAGCAGCAGCAGCAGCAACCACAACAAAUUAAUAAUAACAGUACUGCCUUUGAGAGAGGAAUAAAGGAAAAUCGUUGUAGAAAUUGUGAAAAUCGGGAGAUUAUGUUGAUGAAUGUCAAUAAUUAUUUGACCAAAGAUGGGCGCCGAAAAUCACGUAGGGCAAGGGUAAAUGUUUGGUAUGAUAUCAGUGAAAAUCGUAUUUUGAUAAUUUGUAUAUUGAGCGGUGGAGGCGGAGGAGGCAAUGAGAUCGACGACCGGGGUGGCUUGCUCCCCAAAGCCAGGGGAAAUGAAGUAUCUCGCCUCAGAGGUCAAAAGGAAAAAUUAAUGAAUUUUCGGGAAUUGGUUCGGAGAAGACAACAAAUCGAUUUACUAUACAGUAAAAAUGCAUUAAUCUUAUUAAUACAUUAUACGAAUCGUUUGAAAUCGUUUAUGCAACAGGCCCAGCCACAUCGGAAACGAAAACUGACCCAUUUGCAGGGCGGGUGGUAUUGGUGGGUCCGGCAGCACGCCUGCCAAAGCCAAAUACCACGAAUGAUAAAACUUAAAAUGAAACUUAUGUAUAAGAGAUUGAUGAUGAGCCUAGCAGUUGGAAGGAGAAAGCUAAUACGGAUAGCAAAGAAGAAGAAGAAACAGAAGCAGCAGAAGAAGAUGACGGAGACGGAGAACAUGAAUUGUAGUAAUGUUAGUAUUAGUCACUCCGCUGCAGUCGUUGUGCUGCUGGGCAAUGGCAACAAACACGACAACAACAACGACUGCAUGUUGCCCCCACCACCAUAUCUGAGAGCAAAUAUUCAUCAUCAAAUUGCCAAAUUACCACCAAUAACAACAAUAGCAAAAGCAGCGGCCACAGCAUCCCUCAAUAUCAUUCGAAUUGUCAACGUCAUCAUGCCACCACAAACGCCACCAUAUUAUAGUGGUGGUGUCUAUUUAUAUCAGUGGCCCCAUUGUCAGGAUAUAAGAAAUUUUUAA